CAGGCCGCCCUUACGUUGGUGACCCUGAACGAUUGGCUACGCACUUCUAUGCCGUCGUCUGCAUCGAGGGGCAAGUGACAGCUCGCGAGCCGGAUUGUUGACACUUGUCCGCGGCCGCGGGUGGAAUCGGCGUGGGCCGCGAUGCGCUCGGGAUAGCGGCGACGGGCGCGCUCGGACGCCUUCGGGGAAAUUCGGGGAAACCCUCAGUUUUCCGAGGUCCGGCGGACACGGUGCGGGUCACUAGGUGCCGCUUGCCGUUACUCGCGUCGCUGCUUCGGUGCCGAGGCACCGCCGAGCGAGCAAGAGGGAGCGAGAGGUGCGGCUCCUCUUCCAUAUCGAUCAAUAUCGCUCUUCACCGGCUGUAACGGACGAUUUGGUCGGGCCGAGAGCCCACGAGAGCACGGAAUCGGCCGCUCGAGCCGCGGUCGCCUGGGGCCGUUCUCAGGGAUCUAUCUAGGAGAAGGCGCCUCCACGGAAUGCCUUUGCACGAUUCGGACGAGACCUGGGACUCCUGGUGGUACCUCGACGCGCUCAUCUGCUGGUCUGCUUGAAGGGCGGAUCGAUUCCUGCCCGGACCUUCCCCAAGGAGGGAAUUGUUGCUGUCCUAAGGUGCGCGCCUCCUGGUUCCGGGACCGGGGAAUACAUCGCAUCCCUGCCCUUCUUCGGGGCUGUUGGACUCCUCGGAGUGGUCGGACUUGCCGGGUCUGCUGGAUCAGUCGAUCGGGACGGAUCUGUCGAGUUUGCCGAUUCGGCGAGAUCUGCCGGGUUUGUCGGCGCCCUCGAGUGGACGGUUUACAGCGACUAGGCCUGACCGGUGAGGCCAAACGGAGUCGGCAUGAUCCGUGGAGGAGACAAGGGCGAGCCGGGGACAUUCUCCGGGGAGGCAUGGAAGCCGAGGCUGGUCGAGGACACGCGGCGCAUCACCAGCUCGCCCUACCAGCCUCGGAGAUACCUGGACUCGAUGUCGUGAGAGCCUUGCACCAGACCGUCGUCUCGCUGCGCUCCGCCCUGGACUCAUCCCGAGAGGAGCUCCGACGACUCAAGGAAUCCAUCGGCGAGUUUUCCGGCGAAGCCUACGCGGAUACCGUCGAACGCCUUGCCCUGGAGAACCACGUCCUGCGCCGCAGGAUCCUCAGCAAGGGCAACGGGUUUCUCAGCGAUGCUGCCACCAGUCCACCUCCUCUUCAGCUCCCCGCUUCAGUAGCCAAAGAAGAGUCGAGCAGUCUGUCACAGCCAGUUCUACCAACGAUCAUUAUGGAGGGGAAAAAAGACAAAGUCGAUUCCACCAUGGACGAAACUGACGACGGAACGGCUGUAACAUCGAUAUCGGCGAUCUCGAGGAGGCCGUCAACGACAGAUCCACGAGGGACUUCUCCUGGAGGAUCAUCAGGUUCCCCGAAGACAUCCGUAAAAAGCGGCUCCUCUGUCCCGAAGACCUCUGGUCAACGGACACAGGACGAGGGGACUACCAAACAGCCGAGCGGUCCUAUCUCCUCCGAUUCUGGAGCUGCAGGAACUGGAUCAGCCGGUUCAAUCGGUCCCACGAGUUCCAACAAUAAGGACUCCCAGAGCACGGAAGCCAUUAACGUCGAUCUCCUCGAAGUCCCGGAAAAGGACGCGGAAGACGUCAGUCUGAAGUCUGUCUCCGAUGGAGACAACUCCGUCUUCAGCGACAACCCCGAGAACCAGGCAGAAGUUAAGCCUCCGGAGUCCGAGAACGAGUCGGAGGAGCUCGACGACAUCGAGCUCAUCUUCACGACGGAGGAGACCAGGGAUGUUGGCCUUCAAGAGGACCUGGUGUCCAUCAUGGAGAACGAGACCUGGCAGCAGUCCGGGCAGCCGGUCUUGCUGAAGUACACAAAGUCCCAGGAUGGCGAGGUCCUCGUCUGCAACGGGGACAAAACUGGCUUCGUCGAGGAAGCGGCAUCCUCCCAGGGCUCCAGCAUCGACAGGGAAGAGAGCGUUGAUAGGUUCGACGAAGGAUCCACCACCAGGCUCAACAAACUAUGGUCUCAGUGCUCGGUUUUGGUCGAGACGGACAUCAGCAAGUGCGGAGUCGUCGAGGAGCCUGAUCCUACAGCUAGGCAUGCAGUCAGGAGGAAUACCCUCGCUGCCCCACCUACAGCUUACAGGCCGAUUAUUCAUCGUGAAGCUUUGGCUGCUGGUCGCAGAAAAAGCACAACCCCGUUGCGUCCAGUGAUGGAUCGUAGUAGUGGAGCUAGACGCGAAUCUGGGGCGCAGACCGACAUCUCCGCUCUUCCUGCCCACUGGAGGUCCGAAAGUUACCUGGCCCACAAGGUGGCUCACACCUUUACGACGUUACCCAGUAAAUUCGCGCUUCCUGCCGGGGUACCAGGGAGGCUCAGGUUGUCCGACAAGACCCGCGAGGCCAGGAGAGUCAUGCUCUCGGACAUCAGCUUCACCAGCAUGGUCCCGGAGCUCUCCAGGAGUGCCGAUCACCUAUGCCAGGAUCCGCACGUCCAGGCCUGCAUCAACUCUCGCGGAUGCGGUCUCCGGACUCCUGAGGUCCAUCGUCGAGAGUCCCUGGGGUCUCCUGCGGGAUAUUGGCCACGCUGCAACCCCGGAGCUGGACUUCCCAGCCCCUGCGAUUGCAGACUCUCCACCGACUUGUACACCUCACGGUACCGAGGGUCCCUGAGUUCCAUCCCUUCACCUGGACUGGAGAUCGUAAGCGGUCCCCCCAGAAGACAUUCCUGGCGGGCAACUGCGGCAUCCUUCGAUACCUGGAGGGUUCCUGUGGCUACCUCCACCCCGAGACCAACCUGGUCCUCCAUGCCAUCCUCGCCGACACACGUCCACCCUCCGCCGGCCUGCUCGAGGACCUCGAAGACCAUCCCCAAGAGGACGCGAUCAAAGGUCACGUUCCAGGAGUGUCCCAUGACUCGGGGAAGCUUGCCUAAUCUGCGGUCCGAUUUGGUCACCGGGGACAAUAGUGGCGACUCGACCGAAUCGUUGAUCGACGAAGCCGAGGAUUACUUAAGAAGAAGCAUUGAUUCUAUGCUGACCAUUUCCACUGCGGAUUAUUGGACCCGACAGUCAGCCAGGCGGAGAAGGACGCGACGACAUUCUGAACCCGAUCUCUUCCGGGAUUGGAAUCCUCCUCAAGAUGCCAGGCCAUAUCUGCCAAAGAUACCACGCGAUCUCAAACUGGACCAUCUCGUGAAGAUUAUUUCUCCCGAGGGCCGAGUUCUUCAGGGUAGAGUGAGAUAUGUCGGCGCGGUUCCAGGAAGAGAAGAGGCUCACGUUGGCGUGGAACUUCCAAACGAGAAUGGGUCCUCCGACGGCACCUUUCAUGGAAGAAGGUUCUUCGACUGUAUGCCAGACCGAGCCGUCUUCGUCCCCUUCAAGAAGGUAGUCCUUGCAUGGUGCACCACCUGACCCGAAACUGCGGCAGUAUCAGCGACUUCCUCAUCGUUCACGACACCUAGGAUCCUGCUCUCUCAAUACACGAUGUAAGAGAGUAAAAUAAGCCAGAUGCAGAUUUACAAGCAAGUUGUAUAGAGACACGAGGGACUUCCGAAAACCGCCAACCCCGCAAUGGUUGGUUCUGGGAGACGGCGAAGUCUGAGGUUAUCUCUUCAAAGGGAAUGGCUCGUGGAAGAGUAGCAUAAACCAUUCCCAUAAUUGCGAUCGAAGGUGCAAAAGCCGCGAUCCAACGUUCAAAGGUAGAAAGAAUCGAUAUCUAAUAAUUAUGCCGAAGGAUCCUACGAACCCUGGCCCAACUAUCGGGACCAAGGGUUCGAACAGUCCUAAUACAGUCAUCGAGAUUAUCCAAGGACAAUAAGGAUCUAAGGACUAUCCAGCCAUUGCAAUCAAGGAUUCGGAAGAUCCUCUACCAUCGUGACGGUGCAACAGACCCUUGCUCGGCGUCAUAAUCCAGGAUCCAUAAGGUCUUUUGUUCGCAUCAUCGUCAAGGAUCACCCGGGCACCAUACAAGCUGUUGGUGAUCCCAAAUCAACUCGGCGACCUUGAUUGUAGAGUCUAUCGUGCAAGAGGAGGAUUCCCGGUUCUGGGAUCCUCUGGCCAAGGACCUAAAAACGAGGAGCGGGGUCCUUUACGGUUUGUCCUGGAGGUUGCGGCUCCACACUCUGGUCUCGACCCAACCGGUGAUGUACCUUCGGCUGAUAUAAUCAAAAACGUCGGUAUGUAUAGUAGUUUAAGAUGCUAAAGGCUAUGAAAAGGACACGUCGCCUGUGGCGGGCGAAGUGUGCAUUUUACUGAAGUUUACGAACUUCAACGUGCGAGGACGAGAACCUGACCUGCUCUUGUAAGCCGGGGAGACUUCGGUGCAUUGAGAUGCAUCUCGGGGUGCACGUAUGUAUGGACCCUGUUUCCUCUUUCAAAAGGGGUUCACGUGUCUUCUAAGCCAGGAGAUAGCAUGGAGUAGGGCUCUUCGAGGAGUCUCGAGGCACCGUGUCGUAAUACAAGGGAAUCUAGGGAACGAAGCAUCGUAACAACAGGCUAUAAAACAGUCCUAUAUCAUUCAAAAGUGUACCAUUUAUUCCGUGUAGAUGGAUGUGUCCGUGUAAGCUCGUCGGGGUGUUACGAAUCAUCCAUAAGGUACGACGAAUUUCUCUUGGAAAAGCCGAACGCGCCAUUGAGGGUUCAGCUUCCAAAACGGGGCUGUUGGAAAAUGUGAAUUGGAAUUUCAUGAAAACCGCGAUUGGAGGGGGUUUUAAUUUGAAAUUAAUCAUUUCGUCUUAUACUUGGUGAUGGCCUUAGAAUCUAUGUUGUUCCCUUUAUGGAAGUUAAGAACAAGGGGAUAAUUGAAAACGGUGAUAAACUUGAUAAACCUGUACUUUUUAUUGUGUUGCAUUCGACGAUACAACCUUCGAAUUGGUGUGUUCAUUUGAACAAAAGUAGCUUAUUUUAUUGUCACGAAAGCUUUGUUUAUUUGUUUUAUUUAUAGACCCGCCUAUGAAGGUGGAGCGGAAUAAUUUAUCGGAAUUUUUUAAACCGUAGUAAUCGAUAUGAAAUUAUAAUUUUUCCAAUUCAUUCCUAUGGUGAAGAAACAGAUAUAGAGUCGAUAGAGAGAAUCGAAAUGGACUGUAAAGCCUUUGACUAAACAUUUCAUGUUCCAUAUACAUAAUUAAUGUACACGUUAAUGUACAUCUGUGUGAACAUCUCCACACGACACCUAUACGAGAGUCUACUUUCCUGAUAUUUUAUUUUUCUUUUUUACAACAACGUUUGUAGAAAACAUUUGAAAAAUUCACUCGCGCUUUAGAAGCAAAUCUCUCUUCGAAAUUUCCACAAAUCUCGAUAUUUACAUCUGUAACUUUCGUCUAAACUCUGUAAGCUUAGUUGAAUCGAGUUUACUUAUUAACUUUACAUUAUUAUAAGAUAGUUUACUGCUUGCAGUUGAUCACAAACCACUAUUUUCGGUUUCAAAACUUGUCUUGAAUUUCUUUUUGAAUUUAUAGUGGGCUCAGGUAUUAUUAUUGUGACGAGCCUGUUCAUUUUAUUUAAACGAAUCUCCUUAUUGACUUUACCUACAUUACAUGGAUUUUUUUUCCAUUAUCGCUAACAAAUCGAUAAGAAUGCCUGGAGAAUUUAUGACAGGUGCAUCGGUGCACGGAGAUCGUUAUGUAUGUACAAUCGGGUACCUGUAUCAAUGACAAUUUAUUAUUUUAACUAUUAAUGACUUUUUCAAAGUGCUAUAUGUACAAAGAGCAGAGUUAGGUUUAUAUACAUGAUACGAGACAUUUUGCGAUUGCACUGAGAAGAGGAUAAUUAAUUAAUAUUUCAAGAUAUGUAUGUGUUUACGAGGAGAUAAAUAUUGAUUAUAUUUUGUAAACAUUUAACGACGAAAAUUUACAUAAGUGCAUCGGUGAAAUUCUAUGGAGGAUAAAGUUGAAAGAUUUAUGCGUUAUUGUCACAUAAAGGUGGAAAGGAACAAAAUAUUUGUGAACUGCGAAUUGUUAUUUUUUUUAUUAUUUUUAAUCCGUUCAACUGAGUCGUUUAAUGUUAUCCUGAAUAAAAUCAGGAGAAUGAACCUAUUUUUAUAGAUAACACUUGUUUCAUCGAUGUCAAUGGAUACUAUUAAAAAGUAUUAUUUAUUUUGACAUUUUUAUCUACCAUAUUUGAAUACGUAGUUGCUAAUAUUAAUUAAAUAUCCUUUCCUGAAUGUACGAUUAGCACAACAGUGAGAGAUCGAUUUGCUUUUUUUAUAUAACAAAAAAAGGCUAAUCUAAAACGAUUUAUCAUCUUUGUACUAAUAAUAUUUGAUUUACCACCAUAAGUUGGUAUCUAGUAGUUUGACUAAUAUUUAAUAAUUGUGGCCCGAUUACGGCUCGGUAAUAUUGGAACAGUAUUUUUCUCUUAACUUGGAUUUCUUUUAGAUAUAGCCAUUGGCUAUUGCCACUGUAGGUGAGAUCAAUCUCAUUGUCUCGAACAAUCUUCACAAACGGCUGUACCUGGACUAUAAUUCAUUUAAAUAUUUACUAAUUGUAAGUAAGUACGAGACCGUAUCUCUAUUUGAGGACUGGGUGUAGCCGUAAGUACGGCGGACUAAGAUUAGUCCUUUAAGGAAAAUCGAGGCUUGACAAAGUGUCAUAAUUCUUUCCAUGACAUUAUUCUGUCACUGCAAAUGUAUUUUCAUUUGUUUAAAAAGAAUCUAGAGAAGAUAAGUCUGUUAGAUCUCGAGAAGUACCGAGAAAUUUCGUUGGGAGACCCAUAAUACAAAAACGAUUUGGUCAACUACUUUCCGCGAAACAGAUCUGGGAAGAUUCUGAAAUUUUCAUCUUAGGUGCAUAAAGCGCAUCUCUAAUCGAUUUACUGAUGAACUCCUCUGACUUAUUUACUUGGCGACACCCAAUAAUUAAUAUGCUCAGAUGAUGAUGACCUGCGAAAUAAAAUUUGGAUAAAAAUCUCUUUAUACGUCUAAAGAGAGAGAGUCGAUUUCUCUUCGAUUAAAUUUGCCUGGUAGCCUUGGAAAAUAUUUAUCUUUAUAAAUUAUUGCACUUAAUAUUCAGCGAGACUUGGUCAUUUCUUUAUCGGAAUUUUUUUGGGGGGAAAAUCUAUUUUAAGAAAUAGGGCUACCCGUUCAAUUUUCCAUUAUGGGAAUUAAAUUACGUCGGGUCAGGAGAAGAAACAAGAUCUCUACCUGUGAUCGAUCAAUUAUCAGUAUUAGGGUUAGCUGUACCGCAACUCGUGAGGAGCGGGCGAAAUCUGAAGAAACUUUUACCUCCGUGCCGCUGAGAAUCGACGCCACGUGAGAAAUCGGCGAGGGCGUGAAACUAUUUCCUGGAUAAAAGUUGGCUCUCUCUUUUGCGUGUCUGCCGGUAAAUUUAGUUACGCCAGCUGCGAUAACAGUCGAACAUGCCGUAGAAUCUCCUUCUCGGGGGAAAGGGUGUGAGUUUCAACUUUUGAAAGCUUUUAAAACAAUCGCCAGUUGCCUACUUGCCGCUCGCCGAGAACGUACA